GUGUCCCGACCAGCAGCUCCGUCGAUCCAUCUCGCAGCAGGGGGCAUCAGCGCUGCCCGCAACAGCAGCCGCACACAGGCAGCUAGCUCGUUGCCGAUCGAUCGGCAGAGGCGGCAGUGGGGAGGUGGUGGUCACGGUUGCUCCAUCGGGUAGAUGGCGGCGGCGGUAGCGCUAUGUUGGUGGCCGCUGGCGCCGUGGCUCAGCCCCGCCGCGGCGUGGUUCGUCUUCUUCAACGCCGUCGUCGCCGCCGUCGCGGUCAUGUCCUGCGGCGCGCGGGGCGGCGGCGGGACGGAGGCGGCGGCGGCGGGGCGGCCCAGGCUCGGCCGCAGCGGCUCGUCCCUCGUCCUGGACAGGUUGAGGUCCUUCUACAUCUUUGCCGCACACCCCGCGGCCGGCGGCGCCGCGGGGCCGCCGGUCGAUGAAGGCGACGCUAGCGCUGCCGCCUCGGACUCGCACUGCUACUACUGCUGCUCGCGAGGAGCAGAGGAGGCCGCCGCGGCGCAGGAGCUUCCAGAACAGGCGGUGGCCGCACCGGCCGCCGGGACGGCGCCGAUCGCGCCUGCCGCGCCGGCGCCAGCGGAGGAGGACCACGCGGCGCCCGCGCCGGCACCGGAGAACCAGGAGGACAAGGCAGAGGAGGAGCAAGGUGAACACGAAGCGAAGAAAGAGGUAGAGGCAGAGGAGAAGCAGGAUGAGUCCAUCAGCUUGGACGAGGCGUACGCGCUCGCGCUGUCCCAGCGGCUCCGCGCGCAGGAGCUAGCGUCGCCGCCGCCGCCGCCAGCGUAUCCACCCACCGCGGCUGCCACCGCGACGCCGGCGGCGCGGACGAAGAAGCCAGCGAAGAAGGCGGCGGAGGGGAUCAGCCGGCGGCGCACGAAAGCGGAGGAGGCGCCGGGUGGGAAGGCCGAGCUGAACGCGCGCGCGGAGCUGUUCAUCCGGCAGUUCCGGGAGGACCUCAGGCUGCAGCGCAUCAACUCCAUCCUCAGCCACACCCACGCGCUCCGUUCGCCAACUGGGGCGAGGUAGCCGGCGAGCCAGAUUCUCUGUUCGAGUAGAGUACGGAGUCAUUUGUUAAGACGGACAUGUGCGAUGGAGCACACACAGUUUUGGGUUAUUGUUUUUUUUAGUGCAUGUGUAUGUACGCAUGUAAGAACAUCUAACAAAGUUUUUCUAUUCUUUCGUUGUUCGGGCAGUUCGACUA